AUGACAAUUUUAAUUCCAGUAGAGUCACAGGCUGGUUGGGCUUCUAAGAUUGUGUUUAAGGUAAAAAGAUGUGUGUCGUGCUCAAUCACUCAGUCAUGCCUAACUCUGUGCAACCCCAGGGUCUGUGGCCCGCCAGGCUCCUCUGUCCAAGGAAUUCCCCAGGCAAGAAUACUGGAGUGGGUAGCCAUUUCCUUCUCAGGGAAUUUUCUCUACCCAAGGAUUGAACCUACAUCUCCUGCAUUGGGAGGCAAAUCCUUUACCAUUGAGCCACCUGGGAAGCCCCAAGGUGAAAAAACACAUAAGUUAAAAAUUACCCUUGGAAAUCCCUUAAAUUGCCCAUAA